AUGGACGAGGAAAUUGUCAUGACACCAAGCAAAAAAGGAAAAACGACCAGCAUACGCAUAGAGAAAAAGAAAAAGUAUCAGGUGGACAGUGAGCAGAUAGCUCACAAAGCUGGAGGUCAGCACACUGGCCUGGUCAUCAACAAGCAGGCUGCUGAUCUUCCAGACAGUUCUAUGGCACCUCACCUACAACUUGAAUUCAAAUGCUUUCUUGUUGAUAGGAAAACUGGUAAAAUUAUUCCAGAAAGUCGUGUUUUGAAGUUUUGGUUUGGUGAAGAUACGGAUUACUUUGAUAAGGUCAGCGGUGCAUAUGAAUUCUUUAAAGAGCUCAUCAAGCCAGAAACAUUCCCCAGAGAUUACGUGGGCUUCAUCAAGAAGGUCAUGAAGCAGCUUCAGGUACCACAGUAUGACAAGAUGAAAAGAAUCGAUGUUGACAUAUCUCCACUUGACGAGUCUGAAGCCAACAAUCCUCAAGAUGAAGAAUCAGAAAUGGAAGCUAAAAAGCCAAAGGAGGUGAUAGUGCAGGAGCAGUUGUUAUUGACCCUGGAAUCUGCCUACCCCAAUAUUCUGCCCACCGAUGAUUUGGCCCAGCUGUUGAAUACAGACUCUCGGACGAUACAGGAUCAGCUGAGAAUCCUGACCAGCAAGAACCUCAUCAAGGAGUUGGAACCUGGAAAGUGGGUGAGGAAGGUACUGGAUGAGACUACCGAGGUUAAGAUAGUGAAGAACAUGCCUGUUGUGACUCAAGGUAGCAAGCCAACCGUUGCCAUCAUCACCUCCAAGUAUUACGAGAAGCUUGCAGUUGAUGCAAUGAUGGAGGACAAGACAACGUUUGUCAGAUAUAAGACGGAAGGUGAGUCCAAUGUCUACACGAUAGGUACGAUCGGACCCCACAGAGUUGUGUCCACCAAGUUGCCACAGAUUGGCAGGCAGAUGGCUGCUCAGAUCUCCUCUGGGAACACUACAACACGCCUUCUAGGCACAUUCGGUGAAGUGGAGCACGUUUUAUUGGUGGGCGUAUGUGGCGGCGUUCCACACUUCUCAGACUACUACAACCACGUUCGUCUCGGGGACAUCAUUGUUUCAAUGCCCAACAAAAAAGGACAGAUUUUUAAUUAUAAAAUGAACUUGGAGGAAAUUGUUCUCAGAGGGCAGGUGUACAUCUACUGCGACAAAGUGGUUCCAGAUUUGGAGAGGGGACAAGUGCAGUAUGCCUUGAAGAGCUGGGCGCCACAGGAUAAUAUACUCAGGAGCAUUGCCGAACAGCUUUAUGACAAAUCUCAGAGUGAUCCGACCUUUGAACCAUGGAGUGAAUACUUACGAGAAGGUCAAGCUCUCCUUCAAGGUCAACAAGUGACCUUUGAACGACCUCGUCCUGAAACUGAUCGUCUGUUCAUGAACAUCGGAGGAAGUGACAUGAUAGAAGUGGGCCACCCUGCUGUCCCUGAGGAGGUCAAGGGUAAACAGAAACAGGGUCAACCUGUUGUCAGACUUGGCUGCAUAGCAUCAGGCAAGCCGAUUGUGAAAGAUGACCAAGUGAGAAUGGAGUUCACAGCCAGGCACCAGUGCAUCGGCGUCGAUACUGAAUUCGAUCAGGUCCUGGAAUCAAUAGUGGGAAACAGAAAGGACAGUUUUAUCCUGGUCCGAGGAGUGUGCGACUACUACGAUGGUACCAAGAAUGUCGUCUGGCAACCUUAUUCUGCUCUCGUGGCUGCCUCCUUUAUGAAGACCAUCAUCGAAAUACCAGAGAAUAGAUUGUCUAGUAGUGCUAAAACGCCCUAG